AUGACGACUCCGGACUGGCAAGCCCAGGCACAGAUUUGCAGAGACAUCCUCGAUCAAUCCAUCCAGAAGCAAUGGCUCCUCCCCGCCGACCGCCUGCCCCCGCCGGAGCGCACCAACGUGCUCGGCGUCCCCCAGGAGUCAGGCACGCUGACCGCGAGAGAGCUCGAGAUCACCGAGACCGAUGCGACGGGCCUGGUGGCUUCCAUGGCAGCGGGGACCUGGACCGCCGAGGAGGUCGCGGUGGCAUUCUUAAAGAGGGCGACUCUCGGGCAUCAGCUGCUCAACUUUGCCACCGAGUUCAUGGCCGAAGAAGCCCUCGCCCAGGCCCGCGCGCUCGAUGACCACUUCCGGAGCACGGGCACGCUGGUCGGUCCCUUGCACGGCGUCCCCAUUUCCGCUAAGGAGAUGGUGUCGUUUGAGGGCCGCAUCGUGCACACGAGCUACGUCUCCCGGGUGUCGAAUGUGGCAUCGCAGGACGCCUUGAUUGUCCGGGUGUUGCGGAAGGCGGGGGCGGUAUUUCACGUGCGGACGAAUUUGCCGCAGACAUGUAUGCAUCUGGAUUGUGACAACAACAUCACGGGCCGCACACUCAACCCUCACAAUAUCCGCCUCUCCCCUGGCGGAUCCUCGGGAGGGGAGGCCGCUGCGGUUGGCUUCCGUGGCGCCGCCAUCGGGAUCGCAAGUGACAUUGGCGGCUCUAUCCGCCUCCCGGCCGCCUUCUGCGGCAGCUACGGCAUACGGCCCACGACCCUCCGGACCCCGUGGAGCGGGAUCGCGCUCGCGGGCGAAGGACAGGAGGCUAUCCGCUGCACCCUGGGCCCGAUCACCAAUUCCCUGCGCGACCUGGAUCUGUUUAUGAAGGCCGUCACGGACGGGAAGCCGUGGGAGGAGGAGACGGCCCUGGUGCCACUGCCAUGGCACGAGGAGCCCCGGCCGUCACCGGGGGAUUUCACCGUCGGCGUGCUCUGGGAUGACGGCAUCGUUCAUCCACACCCGCCGAUGCAGCGCGCGAUGAGGAGCGCCGUGGAGAAGCUCAGGGCGGCCGGGAUCCGGACGGUGGACUGGGAGCCGUACAAGCAUCAGCAUGGCAUGCGCAUCAUCAACGACCUGUUCUACCCGGACGGCGCCGCGACCCAAAUCGCGGCUCUCGAGGAGUCGGGGGAGCCCUGGCUCCCCCUCACCAAGGAGGCCUUCACCCUCGCGCGCAACAUGACCAUCCCCGAGACGUGGGCAGUGAACCUCGAACGCGAGGCGUACCGCACCGAGCACCGGAUGCUGAUGAAGGAGCGCGGCAUCGACGUGAUCCUCUGCCCCGCGUACGUAGGCGUCGCCGCGGAGCCGCACGAGGCCCGGUACUCGGCCUACACGGCCAUCUGGAACAUCCUGGACAUGCCGGGCGUCGUGUUCCCAACCGGUCUCCGCGUCGAUCAGGAGCUGGAUGCGGUUGAGGCCGGGUACCAGCCGCGCGGCGCGCAGGACGAGGCCGAGUACAAGUCGUAUUCGCCGGAGAAAUUCGUGGAUGCUCCGAUUGCUCUCCAGCUGGUAGGCAAUCGAUUCUGUGACGAAGCAACCGUUGCUGCGGCCAAGGUACUGGAGGAUAUUAUCUGCGUGUGA